GAGAACAGCGAUCUGUUCGAUCCAGGAAAAAACCAUCGAACUCCAAGCUCCGUUCUUCUUGAUCAUAAUAAUUUCAGCCACAAACUUGACGAAGACAUCAGUUUAAACGAAGCAACAACCAUGGUAUUCUUUUCCACCAUCCUCAAGGCCCUCAGCCACCAUGCCACGGAAACCCCCAACAAGCUUGUCCUCACAUGGGUGAACAUCAAGUGUGAGGAACAAAAGAAGAUGACAGUCAAACAAGUCGAAGAUGAAUCCAAUGCUGUGGCCGCCCGUCUGCUCAAGCUGGGAUGCAAGAAAGGAGAUCGUGUCAUGAUUGCAUAUCCCUUUGGCCUCGAGUUCUUGGCUGGCAUGUUUGGAGCAAUGAAGAUUGGAGUAAUCCCCUGUUCCAUCUAUCCACCCAAUCCCAAUCAGCUGAAGACGGAAAUGCCCAAGUUCCGCAGAUUUGCAGAGGAUGCCGGAGCCAAGUACGCCCUAAGCACCAGUUCUUUUGCUACUGCCAUGACUGCUGCUAGUGUCCUCUACAAGACUGGAGUCAAAUGGAUCGGAACUGACAAACUCCCAAUCAAGAAACGAAACCCCAACAAGCCCAAAGAUUAUGAGACCUUUGUGGGAGAACCAGGAGCCAUCUGCUUCGUCCAGUACACCUCUGGUAGCACUGGACAUCCUAAAGGAGUCAUGAUCAGCCACAACAACCUAGUUGAGACAUGCAAGGCUGGAGUUACUCUGACUGAUUGUUUGGAAUCUAAUGAUUUGGAAGUCUUGUGGGUCCCCCAAUAUCAUGACAUGGGCCUUGUAACCGGUUUUAUGGGUGCUAUCUAUUCUGCUGGUCCCCUCGUUAUGGCAUCUCCCUUGGAUUUCAUUGUCAAUCCAUUACUGUGGACUGAUAUGGUCGAGAAAUACCAAGCCACCAUCACUUCUGCUCCUAACUUUGCUUAUGCAUUGCUCCUUAAGCGCUUGGAGCAGGCCAACAGAAAAGCGGACUGGAGUUGUGUGAAGCGUGCCAUGUUUGGUGGGGAACCCGCCCAGAAGCAUGUUGUGGAAGCGGUGGCAAAGACUCUUUCGGUCAAGCCUGAACAUAUAUACAACGUCUAUGGUAUGGCUGAAAUGGUGGUGCUUAUUACUGGUGGGCCAGCCAAGGCAGACUCCGAAGGCCUGGUCUGCUGUGGAGAAGUAGAUUCAGCUACCCUCAAACUUCGAAUCGUCGAGGAGGGAAAAGAGAUUGAAGAAGGACAGGUUGGAAGUAUCUGGGCCCAGUCACCCCGAGUUGCGGCCGGAUACUAUGGCCAGUCUGAGCUAACCACCACUACCUUUGCCAAUGCAUUGCACGGUUAUGAUGGUACCUGGCUAGACACUGGUGAUUUGGGAAAGAUUGUGGAUGGGCAGCUGUACAUCACAGGCAGACUCAAAGAUGUCAUCAUUAUCAAUGGAAAGAACUACUAUCCAAGUGAUGUGGAGCUCUCUAUUGACGAUGCUUUUGGUGAUGUUAUCCGUCCAGGAAGGACCACUGCAUUCCAGCAAGGGGAGGACAGUAUUGGAAUCACAGUCGAAGGACGCAAAGGUUUUGACAAGUCUGGAAAUGAAGACUUGGCCGUCAAGAUAGCCAACCAUGUUUCCCAAUUCCAUGGGCUUUAUGCCUCGGAGGUUGUUGUCCUCAAGCUUGGUGUGACACCCAAGACCACCUCUGGCAAGCUGAAGAGGAGUGAGAUCAGGCAGAUUACUACUGCUGGUGACUGGAAGGGAGCUUCUAUACUCCUUCACUUGCAACGGAAGGAAGUUGUUGCUCCUCUUCCCAAGGGAAAAAGGUCUUCUUUCUUGGAGAGAAGUUUUUCAAUGAAGGGUGUUGCCAGCAGUGAGUUCUACCUCAACGAAGACACCUCUUCUUUCUUGGAGAGAAGCUUUUCAAAGAAUGGUGUUGCCAGCAGUGAAGACACAUAUACUGGGCAUGAGAUGAUGAAAGAAACCAUGAGUGUUGCUGUUGUGGGUGGUGGGGCUGCUGGUCUUAUCACAGCUCUCAGAUUGGCUCAAAGAAAUAUCAAAGUUACUGUGUUUGAGCAAAAUGAGCAGAUUGGUGGCCAUGCCAGGCACACAACAGUCUUUGGGCAUGAGCGCAACCCAGCCUUUGGAAUGUUCCUUGGCAGUGCUUGGCCAAACCUCAUGGCUCUGGCAAAAGAACUUGGAGUUGAUCCAGUUCCUAUGGCCGCAGUUCAGGAGGUUAGAGAUGUUGUGGGGAUGGGGACAGGCAUGAUCCCAGAGGCCAACCCAGCUGAAAUUGUUCGGUUUCUUACGGAAAUGAAUUUUGUUUACAAGUCUGGAACAGGGCAGAGUGAAACUAUUGGGCAAUACAUGGCCAGAAAUGGAUUUGACCACCACUUUGUUGUUUCUUACUUCCUUGGAAGAAUGAUCAGUUUUUUUGCUGGUAAUUCAAUUCAACAGUAUCUGGACUAUCCACUGGAUCUGAUUGCUUGGUAUGUUGCAGCCAUUGUCACUUCAUCUGCUGAUGAAAGGGUCUUGCGUAUGCGCAACAAGGAAUACAUGGCUGCAUUCGAGCAGAAACUUUUGAGCCUAGGUGUGGAGUUCAAAAUGGGCUGUUCCCCAAGCAUCAUUGGCCGCGAUAAAGGUGUCUCAAUCUCGACCAGCACUGGAGAUGAUGACAUUAUGCAGUUUGAUAAACUUGUGCUGGCAGUUCCUCCCAAUGCUGCACUGCAGGUUCUGGGUGAACAUUGCUCUGAUUAUGAGGGAGCCCUGGCAGACUUUGAGUGUCCGUUAGAGACAGUUGUGUACCACACAGAUCCAAAGUGGGCACUUCCCAGCAAGAUCAAUGGAGUAUUUGCCAACAUCCCAGACUGUGGAUUAUUUUUGCCUUCUCUUGACGACACAAUCCCAAUCACGUCAUCAUUACCAAGUGACACUGACAACAAGACCCCUAUCUAUGCAACACAUGCCUACUCCACCUUCAAUGAGUUGGACUUUGCUUCCCCUAUAGAAACUAUGACAUUCACCCACACAAAAGUCACAUGUAAAGCAAUACUCCUUCGAAAGUCUUUGCUUCGGCAUCAAGGGAGGCGUUCUACCUAUUUUGCUGGUGGUUGGACACGUGGUCUCAUGUUACAUGAGGACGCUCUUGCAAGUGGAAUUAAAGUGGCAAAUUCCAUCUUACGUCAAUUGGGGGAAGAGUCCCACCCUAUUCUCAAAAGGACCUUAGCCAUGAAACAAACAAUGAAGUCGGUUGACUGCAAAUUGAUGAAAAACAAUAUUGAUAGCACUAUUGAAGAAAUUGCUCCCUCUGAGGAACAGGAAACUGAGAACACAGAUGACCAUUUCUCAUCUAAGUUUGAUAGUUUUAUCUCUUCCAUCUUUGGGUCAGAUGUACCAGUAGACUCAUUGAAGACAUGGACUGAAAAUGGACUCUCAUCUCUGAAGAGUGCAGAGCUCAGGAACAAGGUGGAGGAAGAAUUCCAUGUUACACUGCCAGCCAACUUUGAACAGCUCUACCCAACGCCCAAUGCACUCUCAGUCUUCUUGGAGGCAUCAAAAGGCCAGAGCUUUCCCAAACAUGAUGUUGGUCAGCGUGAGUUCGAGUGGAAUACUUCAAGGUCAAAGUGCAGCAAGCCAGUGCUCGGCAUGCUCCAGGGCCUUGCAUCAAUUGUGAUUUUUUUGCUGCUGUUGGUUUCACUUGUCCCACCCUAUUUCCUUGUCAGUUGGGCUAUGGACCAUUGUGACUCUACCACAGGUUCAGAGUGUCAUGGCCCCGCCUUUUGGAUUCUUUUGCCCAUGGCCUUUCCUAUGUUGAUCCUAUCCUUCUCCUUGGUUGUGGUGUUUUGCAAGUAUGCGGUUAUUGGGACUUAUCAACCUCGACAGUUUGAGACUUUGUCAUGGGCCUACCUUCACUGGUGGUUUAUGGACAGGCUGAUGGCAGUUUGGGAGUCACUGGUGGGUCCAUUUUAUGUGGAAACCAAGUACAUUUGGAUCUUCUACUGGCUUCUUGGAGCAGACUUGGCCUGGUCAGCCAAAAUUGAGUCAUACAUCCGCGAAUUUGAUCUGGUCAAAGUGGGAGAAAAUGCCACUAUUGGGCACCCUCUAAAGUGCAGGACGUUCUCUCAAUCCAAUGAAGAAUGUCCCAAAAUGACCUUGCGCCCAAUAGUUCUUGGAAACAACAGCAAAAUCUCUGGAAUGGUUAGUCCCGGUGCGAUCAUUGGUGGUGGCAGCAAGGUGGAGAAGUUGACUGUUGUAGGAGAAGGUGCAGAACUGCCAAAUGAUGUCCUUGCCAAGGGAAUUCCUGCCUAUAGUUCUGGGGUCCACCAUUAUUCAGAACCAAUCCAAGAGCAGGAAGCAAUGUUGGGUGUCUUCAAGACUGUUUGGCCCCUUAUAGAAGCUUACCACUUCUUCACACUUUCCUUCCUGGUCCAUACAUUGCUCAAUCAAAUCUUGCCUUCAUGGCGCUAUGCCACUAUUCUGCACUGGAUCUUGCUUUUUCCGGCCUCCUCUCUCCUUGCCCUGCUCACAAGCAUGGCUCUCAAGUGGCUUCUGAUUGGGAAACGAGAUCCCUCAGAUGACUAUGAUGGCUCCCUAUAUCGCCGAGCAACCAAUUGGGCAUGUGACUUCCACUUCCGUGUAGCUUGCUGGACUCUUACUCCCUUCUUUGGCCAGUCCAGACUUUGGAACAUUGUCCUCAUCCUCCAUGGCCUUGAUGUUGAUCUGGAAUCGGGCCUCAACAACCCUUACUUCAUCUUCUAUCCUUCCAAUGUUGACUUUGUUAAGAUCCGGAAAUCAUUUGUUGCUACAAUCUCGCUUGAUUUCACCAAUCGAGGUGACUCUAAGAUUGAGAUUAUCAACAGCAGUGUUGGCUACAAUGUCAUUCUACAUGCUGGUGUCAAGAUUGUGCGAUCUGUAAUUCCCCCAAGAUCAGAUGUGUCUGACAGUGUUUAUGAUUUGAACCCUGGAGAGCCAUGGAAGCUUGGUUUGAUGAUGGACUGGAUCCUUCCAGAAGUGGUUCAAAUGCUCUUAAAUUUGGUGAUUUUUGCUUCCCUUAUUCCUGCCUAUGAGAUUGGCCUUGCUGCCACAAAGAGUUCUUCCAUUUCCAUUACUAUAAGUGGGAUUGCCGCAGCCUUUGUUCUCCAAUUAUUCCUAUGGUUACUUUUAUCCCGAGUAGUUGAAAAGGCAUUGUGGAUUCUACCAGCACAUGCUCAAAGGAGUUUCUUUGGAGUCUACAUCAACCAAGUCUGGCUUUUUCGAGAGGGAAACUGGCUUGUUUUCCUUCUCUAUGGGACUCCAAUGUUUGCCUACUAUGCUCGCAUGAUGGGUGCAACGGUUGAAGGGGAGCUAUGGUACUUUGGCAAUGCUCUCUAUGAGUAUGACUUUUUACAUUUCAAAGGAAGCACAAUUGUUGACAGUGCUCAUGUGAGCGGACACUACAUUGAUAGCAAUGGGCUUACUAUUGCUGACACAUGUGUGUCUGGAUUGUUGCAUCCAGGUUGCUAUGCUUCUGCUGGAUCCGUGGUAUCUGCUGCCGAACAUGGUCCAUGGAAGGUGUUCUUAAGAAGUGAUAUGGGAGCCCAGGAUUCAAGGAAACUGUCGGCUGAUUCAACCUCCAGCAUUGUUAAUGCAUCGGACUUAGUUUAAUUACUGUUCAAGAUUCGUUUCCAGUUACAUGUUCC